CCGGGGCCGCCGGCUCCGGCCCGGCCCCGCUCCGGCCCCGCGCACGGCAGGAGGCGGCGGGGCCCCGCCGGCCCCCGGGGAGCCGCGGCGGGGGCGGAUGGAGACAGCGGGCACGGCGGCGGGCUGGGUUAUUUUCUUCCAUCUUCCUCUCAUCUCUGGAAGAUCCAUCAGUAUUGGGAUAGGCAGCAAUUAUUCCAAUCUCUCAAUCGCCUCGAACCGGAGCAGCGCUCCCAGCGCCUUGCCGGGCCGCGGGGAGCACGGCGCUGACAGCAGCCUGCUGGUGUCCCCGCUGCUGGUGGCAGGGCUGGUGAUCGGGCUGGUGCUGCUGCUGUCCUGUGCCACCAUCGUGGUGGGCAGCCUGCGCCGGGACCGCCGGGCCCGGCCGCCCCGCGCGGGCAGCGCGGCUGCCGACGCCCCAGAUGGUUUCUCCCACGGCGGCUCCUCUGCAGAGCUGCGAUCCACCUGCAGCGAGGAGCUCCCCCCAGCCUGUGACUUGGACUCCUACCUGGAUAUACUUUCUCAGGUGACCAUCAUGUAUCCUGAUCCACCUCCACGUUCAGCAAGAUUUUCAAUAUUCUCAGUAUACUAUACCCAAAAGAACAAAACCUCACCAUUUUGCAGUGCAGAACUGCUGGCAGGCUUUUCUAGAAGGUAAGGCUCUAUUUCACAUUUGUGUUUUUAACACAGAGAACUGAUCCUCUCCAUAAAGUAUUCAUUUCAACAGUUUGGUGGAAUGCAGAGCACCCUGCAAUGAGAGAAACAAUGCUGUACCCCACCUCAGAGGGGGCAGAGGUGCACGCAGUGCCCCAGUCAGGUUUAGGGGCAGGGCAGUCAGCAGAGAGGGAAGCACGGGGUGGUCUGUGCAGAGUGGGGUUGGCUCUCAGGGCUGGGUCUGCCUGCAGCUCUGCACAGCUGCUCCUGCAACAGGGCCGGGCUCCGGGAGCUGCUUCCCCCACGCUGCUCCUGGGGAGGGAUGGGGAAUCUGCUGAACCCACAGCAGAAGGGAAAGGGGGUUUUUUCCCCUGAAAGUGAGGUUCGUGCAGGUAACAUGACCAAGCUGCAGGCUCCUCUGCAGACAGGCACAGAGGGCUUUUCACACGAGGCAGACAAGUCCCUGCCCUGUUACUGAUGCUCAGUUUCUCUGCACAGUGGGAAACCCUUUGGUUUGGCUUUUCACCUUUUUAACAGGGAUUUCCUGCCCUUCCACCAAGUCUGUAUCUGUGAUUUACAAAACAAGCUGACUUUUAAGUAGACUUCUGAUGAGAAUGGGAGAUUUACAUAUUACCUCAUGCUAGCAAUGCAUUGUAAAAUUGUAGGAAACUAAUCCAAGUAUUUCUUUCUUCCUUCAGUAACACUGAAGUGUCCCUGGCACUGUGCUCUGGGUUUGGCAGCAUUUCUUACACACAUCUGCCUGCUCCCUCUGGUGGCGUGGACCACUCCAUAAAAUCCUGUCAUCCUGUUACCACAGAAUAAUCCAAACAACCCCAGCUGCACUGCCACACGGCUAUGGGAGCCACCCAAAACAUCCACAUCCAACUGUAGCAUUUUUCUGAGUUACCACUGAAUACCUGGGUUAUGUGAUUCAUUACAAACAUAUAUAAUUAAAAAACAAACUGUGAAUUGAAGGCAGAGUGUGCUUCCUUCUGUGAUAUCUUACCACCAUCACUUGCAGGAGUGGUUUAGCAUUUUCUGCUCUUGUUAAUCUUUUCAACUGAAUGAAAUCCAACAAAGCUGGAUUGGGGGGAAGCUUAUAAAUCCAGACAGAUAGCACUAGAAAGAAAAAAAAACUAGCUGUAAAACACUAUAGAGAGACUUUUGCAGCUUUGAAGCUGCUCCAACAGCUUCUGAUGCUACCACUGCAGGUGUUGAAAUUCCUUGUAAUGAUGCAGUAAGGACAUGCUUUCAUUUCUUGAAAAUAUUGCAGAUCUUGGAUAAAUCUCAGCAAAGUUGGCAGAGUGAUGUUGCUCUUGAGAAAUUCAUCUCCUGCUAUCAGAUAUUAUCCUAAACCCUUGCAUAAUUCCAAUACCAGUGCUAAAACCCAGGCUUAACACAGGCCUUUGCUUUAUUACAUGGGUAAAAUCAGAAAGAAAAGUGGACAUGCUAUUUCUUGCUACAUGAUAACAACCCUGUAUUUCUGUAGUCAUCUCUUCUGCUUCAAUUUUUAAUAUACUGAUCUUAUACAGAACUUUUAGUAAAGAACACACACAUAUUUGGGUUGGC